AUGGGGCUAAGCGAAGACAUCGGUUACGUGUUAUACUCUGCAUUGGGCUCUUUCUACUUACCCAGUUGCAUAAUGGUUUUUGUCUACAUACGAAUUUAUUUUGCCGCCAAGGCGAGAGCGAGACGCGGCAUUAAAAAGCAUCCGCGUAAAACAAACAACGAACAGGUCACUAGCUUCACCACUAUCGGCAAGAAAGGCACCAUUCCGAUGCCUUCGUCCAGCGCGAUAAGCGCGCUGCAAAUGAAUCAGCAGCGUCAGAUAGCCACCAUCGAAACACCACCGAACAGCGCCUCGCUGCCAAUGCAGAUACCAACUGUUACGUGCGAUCUCGCAUCGGACAUCUCCACAUCGGAGGCAGCCGACAUGGAACCGCAUCCACUCGUCUACCCCAAUGGCAACUCAAGUGUACCGUCCCCGCUCAGCAUGCUCACGCCCGGUUCUCCUAACUGCACACUAUCCGCAGCAGACAAGGAAACACUCAAAGUAAGUACGAUAGCGACGAGUCGAGGUGCUCUAAAUGUGCCCGUGCCGCCGUCUAUGGCCGCUGCAGUGACAGGCAAUUCAGGAACUUCCAACAAUAAUAAUAACGAUAGCGGGACGCCGUUGGCCACAGAUGGCAUGACAAGUGGGACGGCUACAGCAGCGCAACACGGCGCCGCAGCGUCUAAUACCAGCGCUACUGGAGCGACGUUGACCACACCGAAUGCUAGCGGUGGUGCAGCGGGAUUGGGUGCAUCGCCGAACGAAUUGCGCGUAUCGCCCAUCGUAGGACGGUGUCGUGCACUCUCCGUAGGCAUUGACACCGACAUGGUUAGCGAAUUUGAUCCAUCCAGCUCCGAUUCAGGUGUGGUGAGUCGUUGUGCAGUGGUUAAGCCGCUGAAAUUCAGACUGUGUCAACCGAUUUUCGGCCGAAAAACGGCGAACCAAGCACGACGAAACGAGGCAAAAGCAACGGCCACAGUAGUGGCGACAUCGAAAACACUAAAACCCUCCGAAGUGGUGAAAGCCGAACUGGAACCAGCAAUACCGAAGGUGCAAAAGCCGCGUGAUCCCGAAAAGGAGAAACGACGCAUCGCACGGAAGAAAGAAAAACGAGCCACGCUCAUAUUGGGAUUAAUUAUGGGCAGUUUUAUUGCCUGCUGGCUGCCAUUCUUCUUUCUCUACAUACUGGUGCCAGCCUGUGGCAGCUUCUGCAAUAUACCAGACUCCGCUUUUGCCAUCGCAUUCUGGCUGGGCUACAUGAAUUCCGCCUUGAAUCCGGCCAUUUACACCAUCUUCAAUAAGGACUUUAGACGCGCCUUUCGACGCAUACUAUUCAAGUGAUGUUUGGCCUAUGUGUGCUGUUAUCGGUGCGUUCAUGCGAGCAUUGAGAAGGCCACCGAACGUGCCAUGGGCAGCACACCCAUUAGUUAUGGCAUGUACCAUUACAGGCGAUAGGUUUGGUUAUUUGCUUUUGUGCGCUAAAAAAACAACAAAAACCACAAGCUUGACUAAAAACAAUCCCCUCUUACAAUUUACGCAUGCCAAGUGUGUGUGUGUAACCAUGAAUGUGUAUACGAAGGUAGGCUGGUAGAUUGGUAAAAAAAACAUAAUUCGCACUCAGUGCGAGCUCAUAACCGCUGCAAUUAUGCUUUACUAUGCCGCGUCUAGUCUGAGAAUUAUCAAGUCUGGUUGUUAUUUCAAAUGCCUUUUGAAGACUUCGUUUAGCACUCUGACAAUAUUAGUUGUUGCUGUCGCUUUGCUUUUUCAGUUUGGGCGUAAGCGCGUAAAAAAUUAUUAUGAUGUGUAGUUAUAAGGAAAAUUGUUGAGAAUAUAAAAUUAGUGCUCAUUUUAAAGCAAUGAAUGGCUGUGAAUCCAAUGAGUAAUUCAUAUUGCUUUAUGAUUGAAUAUUGUAAUGAAAUUUAGUUGUUAACCUUUAGUUGAAAUGUUGCAACUUUGUAAUAAAUUUUAAACAACGAUUUUUUCUCGAGGCAUUUGGAACGGCAAUUUUGUAACUAAAAUAAAGGGCAAGGCCAUAUUUUGAACUAAAUGAAUUUCUAGAAAUGGAGAAUCAAUACCCACGAUCGACAGCUUCAAACCGUAUUAUUCG